GAGAAGAACAUUUGCAAACUUACUGUGUCCUUAAUGCUUUAUUAUUCUAUUAAAACCUGAAAUUUUGUAGGAAUUUUACCCCAGUUUCAUAAUUAGGGCACAGAGAACCAACCAAGUGUUAUAGUAGUCACAAGCAAGAUGAUAUGGGAGCCCUCAAAACAAUUUUUCAUGCCUUAAUUCCUGAGACCAAAGGAUUCCCCUCACCUCUCUCUUUGCUCAUUUGGUUAACUCUGGACUCAGGCCAAAUCUUGUCACUGGAAGAGCCACAAAGUAGGAAGCCUGGGUGCAGGCCUGGCAAGCGAGAACAAUGUGUCACUGCAGGACUUUGGAGCUCUCAGCUUUGGAGUCAGUUAAGACCAGCUCCUUGCUGGGAAGGCCUAACUCUGGAGGGACAGAGACAGGUAAGGUUAGUUUACUUCCUUGAGCUUUCGUCUUCAGUGCUGCUAACAGCCUUAGGAUAUCUGGUAUUCAGGAAAGGAGGAUGAGGUAGCAUUCAAAAUUGGGUCCUACCUGGGCAAGAACCAGGGAUUGACAGCCCGUUCUCUUUCCCCAAUGCUGGCCAGAGUUACAGAAAGUUGAACUGUAAACAUUGGCAAAUAUUGACAGAAGUCAAGGUCAUGGCAAGACCAUUUGGCCCACGUUUGUUGGGGAACGAUAAGCCUGCAGUUCAAAAAGACUGGUCAACUGGAUUUGCAUUCCCAGAAACCAGGAAAUUUCUGAAACUGAGUUUUAAACCUGGCAACUGUUUUACCAUCCCUUUGUAUUUUUGCUGUUCCUCCCUAUACCAGCUUCCUUACAGCUGUUCUGAUUUCCUGUCGUAAGAUUUUUUCUUUUCAUUUUCUCCAGGGAGGGUAAAUCAAUAUAACCUCUUCUCUAGAAAGGAGGUAGUUGGGCUGGUCUUAAGCAAUGUUAGAAGAUCUAUUUUUUUUCAAACCAGGUGUCUGAGCUGGGUGAAUUCCAGCCUGGGGAGAGGACUUUGAUCACCAGAUGUUUUUCUGGUGUGCGUGCUGUCUUAUGGUUGCGUGGCGGGUUUCUGCUUCAGAUGAGCACUGUCCAGAACUUUCUCCAGUGGACAAUAGCAUAUUUGUCGCAAAGGAGGUGGAAGGACAGAUUCUGGGGACUUACGUUUGUAUCAAGGGCUACCACCUGGUAGGAAAGAAGACCCUUUUUUGCAAUGCCUCUAAGGAGUGGGAUAACACCACUACUGAGUGCCACUUGGGCCACUGUCCUGAUCCUGUGCUGGUGAAUGGAGAGUUCAGUUCUUCGGGGCCUGUGAAUGUAAGUGACAGAAUCACGUUUAAGUGCAAUGACCACUACAUCCUCAAGGGCAGCAAUUGGAGCCAGUGUCUGGAGGACCACACCUGGGCACCUCCCUUUCCCAUCUGCAAAAGUAUUCCACAGACUCGUCCUCUUCCCUUCCAGCCAUGUUCUCCCCUAUUUCUUUUUCUCUUGAGACAGUCUUGCUCUGUUGCCCAGGCUGGAGUGCAGUGGCACGAUCUUGGCUCACUGCAACCUCCACCUCCCAGGUUCAAGCGGUUCUCGUGCCUCAGCCUCCCAAGUAGCUGGGAUUGCAGGUGCGCACCCACGCUGGGCUAAUUUUUGUGUUUUUAGUAGAGACUGGGUUUCACCAUGUUGGCCAGGCUGGUCUCAGAUUCCUGACCUCAGGUGAUCCACCCACUUCAGCCUCCCAAAGUGCUGGGAUUACAGGUGUGAGCCACUGCUCCCACCUUCUCCCCUUUUUCUGAUACUCUCUUUGAUAUAGUUUGGAUGUGUGUUCCUGCUCAAAUCUCAUAUUGAAUUGUAAUCUCCAGUGUUGGAGGUGGUGCUUGGUGGGAGGUGACUGGAUCAUGAGGGUGGAUUUCUCAUGAAUGUUCUAGCACCAUCUCCCUAGGUACUGUCCUCGUGACGGCGAGUGAGUUCUCAUGAGAUCUGGUUGUUUAAAAGUGUGUAGCGCCUCCUCCCUCUCUCUCUUGUUCCUGCUCCUGUUAUGUGAGAUGCCUCCCUCCCCCUUUGCCUUCUGCCAUGAUUGUAAGUUUCCGGAGGCCUCCC